GUUUACACCUGUUGUAUUCGACCCAUGUGACAAAUACAAUUUGAUUUUAUUUGAUAUAUUGACACUACAGUAACAUUCAUGGUGAGUUUUUUUCAUGGCACUACACAUACAGUAAAAUGUGAAUUAUAUGACAGCUACUGUAUAAUAGCUAUACAUGCUGUUACUGAUACCAAAGGACAAUAAUAUUAUUCAACCUAUUAUUUCUAAUUGACCUCCAUUUGCUGUAUGGUCUCUACUCACAGAUGUCAGAUCUUACUUUGAUCCGCCUGUUGCAGGAUAACUUUCCUGCAAAAUGUGACAUUUUAGACUUGAUUUUCCCUUACGAAAAAUGUAUCAACCCCUACAAAAACCUGAUUAAUUAUAAUCUACAUAAUAAUUCACAUUUCCUGUUGCUGCAGGAUUAUUUUCCUGGUUUAGCAAACUGGCUCAAAUUAAGAUCCUACAUCUGUAAUUGGGUUUUUUCCCACUUUUAUAUGAAUGACUGGAUAUUUGUUGAGUUGAGCUCCCAUCAAAUAUCAUCAAGGAUAAUUGUAUUUGCAUGCUGUACAGAUACGCUAUCUGGGGCGGAAGCUAGCCUAGUGGUUAGAGCCUUAUAACGUCAGUAACCGAAAAGUUGCUAGAUUGAAUCCCCGAGCUGACAAGGUAAAAAUCUGUCAUCCUGCCCCUGAACAAGGCAGUUAACACCCCUGUUCCUAGGCCGUCAUUGUAAAUAAGACUUUUUUCUUAACUGACUUGCCUAGUUAAAUAAAAAACAUCCUAUCUUACCGUGUGUGUGGGUGUGUGUGUGUGUAGUGCUGCUGUAAACCACAGAGCACAGGAAAUCAGUACAUCAAACAUACCGUUGUCUCUCUCCUUCUCUCUCUCUGACUGACGUGUUCUUCCACACUCUAUCUUGUGUCAGUUAAUAGUUAACGGCGACAGAGCAGAGUUGUCGUGGCACCACGACCUCGACACCUGGAAAGUUCUAAGCUCCCUCCAACCUGGGCACCCCGGAUCAGCUGACUCACCAUGGGAAACUAUAUAUGUGGUACACUGAGGAAGAAGAAAAAUAAAGAUGGAGAUGACAGUGAUGAUCAUAGCAGCCCAGACACAGAAAAGAAGGAAGAGGAUGUGACAUACGCCACCAUUGACCAUAGCAACAUCAAGACAACAGGAGUCAUCGUGGAUUCUUACGCUAACGACUGUGACUACGCCAUUGUUAAACUUCCAACUUGCCCCGCCCACCAGUCGUUAAUUAAAGAAGACUGUGCAGAUGACUAUGUCCUCAUGGGCUGACCUCAUGUAUGUGUAUGUGUGUGUGUGUGUGUGUGUGUGACAUUUUGAAGGGGGACAAUGUAGAUGCAAGGUGGACACAGGCAUGGGCAAAGCUGGACAGCACCUUUCUGAACCAAAGGACCCUAGAUAUGACUAUGAUAGCGCCCACAAAUGGAACUUUUCUUGAUGCAGUGUGGUUGCAGGAAUUAUGUGCUUCUAUAGUUGUGUUUAAUUAUGUUUUACAGUCACAUUAUGCUUAUGUUAAUGUAUACGUUUUUUUCCCUAAGAGAAACGGAUGCUUUAGUUCAGACUUUCUAUGUGGUUUAUUUGGCCUCUUGACAGAGGGAACAAUGCAAAAAAAUGCUAUAGCUAUCAUACUGACCCUUGAGAUACAACUACCAACCACACCACACACAUACACCCUGGGCUCGUGCCUAAGAUAAUGUUUAGUACCGCAAAAGAGAGAGAUGAGAUGUUUAUGGUUUGUGAUAGAAAUACGUGUUUGAAUUUUAUGCAAAAUAUUUUCUUUGCACAAAUCUAUUUGAAUGAGAUACAGUAAGGUGAGAGCGGGAUUGGAGAUACUGUUGUUUUGUGAACCGGUCUUAGUUGUUUCUCAAAAUCACCAGGAUCUGUCCGAUCGUAAAUCGUAUCCAUGAUGGAUCAAUGAUGGAUGCAAAGAUGGAUUAAAUCAACAUUGUUAGAACAUGCCA